CAUUUAUAUAUAUAUAUGCAAAAGAGUGUGCAGAAGAGACCUAUUUCAAAAGCAUUAAAUCUUAAUUAUUCCAAAUUUUUGACUAUAUCAUCCUCAUGUCAUGGAGUUUCAAGAAACGUUAAUUAUUAAAGCCUUAAUGACCGUGUCCUAUUCAUUGUCAUUGUGUGGGGAAAAAGUGCAGAGAAGGUAACAGGCUAUGUUGUGUAGCAGGGCGCUGCAGUGACCUGUAUGACCUCUAGAGGACGACAAAACGCUGAAUGAAGGUAGUACGUCAUCUGAGGUGGAAAUGACGAGGAAGAAGCUGUCAAAACACUGCAAGGCCGUGCGAGUCGGCGUUUAAACAUGAAUUGGUUAGGCUCCAAAUUUGCACUUUACAUUUAACACCGAUGGACCCUGUAAAUCUCUGCAAUGUCUCCUCAUGAGCUUCUCAACCCGAGCCCCUGGGGCUUGUCUGAGUUUUUGGUCCAGAAGAGGCUUCUUGGUUUUGGGGCACUGCUGGCCUGGAUGGUCUUGUUCCACCUGCUGGUCAACGUUUGGCUCCUCUGUGUCUUCACAAGCUUCUUAGUGGUCUUAGGUGGUUGGCUGGGUUCCAAGGCUGUCCUGGACUCGGACAGCGUUUUUCAUCUAGAGCGUUUUUUUAAGCUGGAGGAGAUCCCACAUAGUGCCGAGAGUGAGCAACAACUGGAAGAUGAAAUCCAGAAGACAGUUGGCAAGAUCAUACGCGAUUUUGUCACCUCAUGGUACGUCACCGUUUCCAGAGAACAGGAGUUUGAGGAUGAGGUGCACAAUGCCAUGAUAUCCAUGGCAAUGGAGCUCAAGGGUCGAGCAGCAAGGGUCGACACGAAAGCUUUAUCCCAGAGGGUGUUGGAUCUAUCUGGAUGCCACCUUCAGUGCUACUUGAGUGCCAAGGAAGGACAAGAGGUGGACAAAGAUGGAGAUCUCUGGGAGGCGUACAGCAAACUCUGCCCACCUCAUCCUGCUCUUCAGAGCUCUGCUGUUGAGGUGAAUUACGUACGGGCCAUUGUAGAUCUCCUUCUACAUGUUCUUGUACCUCCUCCACAUUUAGAAACCCGAACAGGUCGAUUUGUGGUGGGCGAACUUAUUACGUGCAACGUUCUUCUGCCUUUAAUUACAAAACUGUCCGAUCCAGACUGGCUAAACAUGUUGAUUGUAAGCAUCUUCACUAAAUCCAGUGAACCAACCCCAAAACCACAACCAGUAGAAGUUCAGGCUCCACCUCAAGUUGUAUCUACUCAAGAAAACGCACCACAAGAACUUAAGGUCCCUUGCGUUCUGACCCUAAAAGUCACCCCAGAGAUGCCCAAAGUAACUGAGGCCCCAACGCCAGAACUUGCAGCUUAUGAUGUCAUUGACUCCAUUGAACUUUAUUCUCCACCCAACCUGGAAGAAGACGAACCACGGCUGACAAAACCGUUUCCGUUGGGUUUUAGCCCCAGGGAUUUUCUGCGACUCGGCAAGCCCAAUCCAUUCUAUCAAGAAACAGACUCUGAUUUGGAAUCUCCUCUGACAGACUUCAAGCGGAGCUCCCUGGAAUCGCUAGUUCUGAUUGGCACAGAGGAGACCCUUUCAGAAAGAUUCACAGAUUGCACAACUCCAGUUGACACUGUGUUAGAUCUUGAGGAUGAACUUCCAACUUACACCAAUACAACAGAGAAGGAGCUAUCGGUACAUUCCGCCGGCGUGCCCGAGGAAGAGUCAUCAAGCUUUUGCAGUCUUCAGCCAUUGGAGAAAAGUACCUCGAGUGCAGAGCAGCCUGGCCUGGUGAACCCUAGCGAGCUGGCUUUGACUGCGCCCAUCCAGGCCUCUACACCAGCUGGGAUGGCAUCCCUGACACCUUUCAACUUUGAGCCCCUAAACAGCCCAGAGGGUCCGGUCAUUAUCCAGAACCUCCGCAUCACUGGCACCAUCACUGCCAAGGAGCACAGAGGCACUGGCUCACAUCCCUACACUCUCUACACAGUGAAGUAUGAGACAGCCGUGGAUUCAGAGAAUCCAGAAAAUUUGCAGCCCUUGGCCUAUCACACAGUCAAUCGGCGAUACAGCGAAUUCCUCAACCUUCAGACCCGUUUGGAGGAGAAACCCGAAUUACGCAAAAUUAUUAAAAAUGUAAAAGGACCAAAGAAAAUCUUUCCUGAGCUUCCAUUUGGAAACAUGGACAGUGACAAAGUCGAGGCCAGGAAAAGUCUUUUGGAGACAUUCCUUAGACAACUUUGUGCCAUUCCUGAAACGGCCAACAGUGAAGAAAUGCAAGAAUUUCUCGCCCUAAACACUGAUGCAAGAAUUGCCUUUGUGAAGAAACCUUUCAUUGUUUCACGCAUAGACAAGUUUGUGGUGAACGCUAUAGUGGACACCCUGAAGACGGCCUUCCCUCGCUCAGAACCACAGAGCCCUACUGAUGACAUGGAUGCAGAGCCUGAUGGGAAAUUGUCCACUGACAAGAAAUCCAAGUCUAGAAUGAGGUUCUCUAGUAAAAUUUCCCCUGCUCUCAACGUAUCUGACAUGAAACCCAAAGUGCUUUACUGCUGUGAUGAAAGCAGCACUAUUUUCAAUGGUUUCUCGUUGAAUGGACUGGAGAGCUUCAUCUCAGAGAAGGAGCAAUUUGAGGUUAACGCUCCAGGGUUUGAUGCUGAUGCAGAAAGAAGCGGAGGCUCGGGACCCAGAUGGGAUAUGAAACCCUGCACAUGUGUCAGAGCACAGCUACAGAGUGAACCUGCCUUCUGUGACUCUGCUAGUGAGACGGCUCUAUCCGACCAGGCCCUAAAUAUCCUGUGCGUGCUCUUGAAGGAUCAAUGGAGCUGGCUCUGCACAGAGAACAUCCAGAGGACCAUCAGACUGCUAUUUGGGACCCUUUUAGAAAGGUGGCUAGAAGUGGGUGUGGUUAACCUAACCUGUACACAGUAUUGGGUGAUUUAUCUGCGGGUGCUGCAGGAGGCCAUCUGGCCUGGAGGAAGUCUGCCGGCUCAACCCCGACCCCAACGCAGCCAGCAGCAGAAAGAGGAGAGCAGAAAGCAGGCUUUGCAGUGCCUUAUGAAACUACUGCCAGAUCUGAUCUCUGAAAUGCUGGGCUCUGAGAAGUACAAGAUAUCUUGGCAGACGGUUGUGGAUUCUUUUCAGAACCCCACCAUAAACAGGCAUCUUGUGUACUGCAUCUGGGAUCUGCUAAUCGAGUUUCUUGUCCCUGAGGUGUCUGACGAGGACUUUCAGAAAACACUUCUGCACAGCCUGUCCAAAAAUGCAGAGAAGCUGCCGCCAUAGGUGUGCUGGGGGGAAUGGAGACAUAAAAACACUUGCAUACAUACAUACAUAUCACAUACAAACGUGUGGUCAUUUGCAGUGUUGGGUGGAAAUACUUGCAGAAACAUCAUACGAUCAAGAAAGUGUGGAUUUUAUUCACUAUAGCCUGUGUCUGGCACCAAUUUAGGUUCCUGUUUCUGGGACACACUACGCACGUCCGGGAGAGCUUUGAUUAAUGGACACCUGUUUUGUGUUUUAUCAAACCACAAGUCCAAUCUCAAAAGCCCAACAUACCGGAUCUGAAUUAGUCGCAAGUUCUCUAACUUUUAUCCACCUUGUUCUCACUUCAGCUUUGGGCAAAGCUCUUACAGAUGGACUGCACAGAUCAUUUCCGCACCGUCCUAUUGUGUGUUUAUGAUCUUUCAGUCUUAUUAUACCUUGAGUUUACACACAUUCACUCUGUUAUUCUUCAGACGCUGUCCCAGUUGUAUCUCUUCAGCCUUCCGUAUGAAGAAAGCGUUUUUUUUUUUUCUUGAGAUUCCUCUUUAAGUGGGAAAAUUCGUCACAUCUGCUUCUGGUGUCACGGUUGAGUUGUACGUGCUUUGUGUGCUUUCAGCCAACUUACAAAGCCUUUAUACAUAAUGUCUCUCUUCACCACUUCUAAUUAAGUGGUUAGAUGCUGACAUAAAGCCUCUAAAGAAAGAUCAUGCUGAUUUAUCAAAAACGGCCAGUUUUCAGAACAUUUGUCUUAAAAUUGUUUAUUUACGGUCUCUUGGAAGUAUGUAAGUUAUCUUAAAGUGUUAGUUCACCCAAAACUUAAAAGAUUCUGUCAUUAUUUACACACCCUCAUGCCAUUACAAACCUGUAUUACUUUCUUCUAUCUUAUGUGGAACAUAUAAAAAGAUUUUUUUUGUCAAUGAGCAAUGAGCACCAAAACGAUGUAGUUACCAAAUUUUUUCAAAAUGCCUUUGUUUUGCGCAGAAACAGGUUUGGAACAACAUAAGGGUAAAUAAUGACAGUGUUCAUUUUUUUGGUGAACUAUCCCUUAUUCCCUUUAAAUGUUUAAUUUAUUUAAAUGUUAAUUUCUUUAGAUGUUAAACUUAAUUCGCUUAUUUAUAAUUUACAACAAAUAAUAGAGAGUUACAUGGAAAUACUGUUUUGCGGUUUAUAUAUUUUCUUAUUAUUUUAGCACAAAGAGAUGAUGUCUUGAUUGCCUUAAUGUGUAUAAAUAAUUUAAUUCAUUUAAAAAACAGUAACAAAUGGAUGCAUAUGUGAUUCUUUAAAAGUCUGAGAAAACAGCCUUGUUCGUUUGUCAAGAUAGUGUGCAAUUAACUCCCAAAUCUUAAAAGUAUUACUGUCAGUUUUCAUGUUUUAUUAGCAUCCUUGUGUCAUCUAAUCACCAUUCUGUUUACACAAACUACCCAGUAGUUGCGUAAAAUGAUCCUGUCCUUUCCGUACGGUGAUCGUGUGAGCCUUGUCUCAAUGCAUGCAGAUAUAGAUUCAGGUUUUGCACUGUAAGCCCUGUUGUCCAAGUAUACAUUACAGUGGCUUGAUGGCUUUGUUACACUGUACUUGUGCUUAAUGCGCUGAAUGUUGCACUAUUUGUAAUUUUGUAAGUGAUCUGCUGGUGCGUAUAUAUUGUAGGCCUUAUGUUGUUUUGAUGUAUAUUGAAAAAAAAAAAAAAGAGUAUAAAGCAGUUGAUAUUGUCAUUGAAUUCAGUGGAAAUGCAUUUUACAGGGAAAUUGCCACUUAUUUACAAAGUGCUUUCAAUUUCGGUUAGCAUGUUACACUUUUUUAUAACAACUUAUUCAAACUUAAUUGUGAUUCAGUGAACAUUUAAAACAGGAAAACAGCUGGUACCAAAAAACAAAAAACAUACUAAGAUUAAAUGAUGCAAACAAAUCUACCCAAAAAAGAUGAACAGAAACUGUUUCUGCUGCUUUUGGUCACACAGACUCACAGAUCAUGUUUAGUUCAGAUAGAAUGGAACCUAACGGAAAAUUGUGUUAAAAGAAUGAUUAAAUGACAUCAACCACAAUGUAAUAUAAAA